AGCGCAGAGGUGGAACAUUUGCGCAGAGCCCUGCAAGCUUGGAUUGUUUUUGGUGCGUCUUUUGGAUAGUUUAGAUAUUUUUUUGCUGCGUUGUUUUUUUUUUUCUCUUGGAAUUUUUGAUACAAAACUCAUCUCGGCACUUCAAUGACAGCGUCGAGCAUGGUUUCCCUGCACCUGCUCCUGCUCCUGCUGAUGUGGAGCUGCGUCCUCGGCGCGGCACCGGUCACCGAGCACGGCACUUUCCUCCAGCUCACGUCGGAUCCAGUGCCAACUGGCCGGGAUGAGGACACGGUCUCCCUGCACAUGUACAGACUGUAUGAGAAAUACAACAAGGAAAACCGCCUCAAGGAGGGAAACACUGUCAGGAGUUUCAAAACCAGCCAAGACGUCACCGAUCACAGGAGGCUGUACCGACUCAACCUUACAACCCUCCAGGACUCAGAAGUCAUCCUGUCUGCCACAUUUCACUUCCUCCUCGACAAGUACGCACAUCCAACCCCCUGGUUCUGUAAACGCUUCAAAAGCCCGUCCUGCCGCUCUGCAGCCGUCCGCACUUCUCCAUCCAUCAGCCUGCUCCUUCACUCGUCCUCUUCUGUGUCCGAGGCCGGGUCGGUGGGGUCAUUUCUAGGCAAUCUGACCUGCCACCCCCACAGGAGAGGGGUGUGGCAGAUGAAAGAUGUGACCCAGGUCAUAAGAGAAGCACGAGACAAGGGUCAGCUGCUCGUGUCAGCUGAGUUGGACGUAGGGCAGCAGCAGCAUAAACAAACAGAGGAGAUGCUCUCAGACGGCAGCAUGCCCUACCUGUUACUGUAUGCCGACGACCAAGCCUUAGCGGAGCCCAACAGUGUCGCGGCAAGCCUUCAGAGAUACGAUCCCUUUAGUGAUGGCGGAGAACUUCUGCACAGAGCUAACUCCUCACCGGGACUGAAAGGUCGCUUGAGAAGGGAAACAAACCUGCUCUUUGACCCCAUCCACGACAAUGAGCUGCCCGAGGUCGACUACAGGCCCAAUGGAUACAGGAAAGAUGCUGUGUGGGAGAGCAACUGGUACCUCGCUCUGAAACCCAAGCUGAAAUCAGAGAAGAAAGAAAGGAAGAAAAAGAACCACCAGGAAAAUGGAAUAGGGCAAAGCAAAGGAACGCAUGAGCCUCAGGUUCUCGGAGAAGCAGAGAGAUCAUCACAGGGGAUGAACGUUGAUUCAAACUCUGAAAAACUCAAAAGCAGUCGCACAAUAGCUAAGAGUGACAGGCGAAAGAAUGAGCGCAGAAAUGAAGGAAAGGAAGGAAUGAAGCUCAAGGGGAGUGCAAAUGCUCAGUCACCUGUUCUGAAUUUUGAUGAGCAAACGAUGCGAAAGGCUAGAAGGAGGCAGUGGGGAAACAGCGCGAGCAGAAGCUGCUCCAGGAGGAACCUCAGAGUGGAUUUUGCAGAUAUUGGCUGGAGUGAGUGGGUCAUCGCUCCCAAGGCCUUCGAUGCCUUCUACUGUGCUGGAACGUGUGGCUUCCCUAUGCCACAGGUGGCAAGGCCGUCCAACCAUGCCACCAUCCAGAGCAUAGUGCGAGCUGUCGGGAUCAUCCCUGGGAUUCCUGAGCCCUGCUGUGUCCCAGAAAACAUGAGUCCUCUGGCCGUGCUCUUCCAGGACGACUCAACGAACCAAGUGCUCAAGGUUUACCCCAACAUGUCCGUCCAGUCCUGCUCCUGCAGAUAGGAGGAUGGUGCACGCUGAGAACAAAGCAGGGUGACUGAAAACAAAAGGACUAAUGGAGACGUUACUGAUUCUGACGUCAGUAUGCUAGGCGAUGUUCUUGAAGCAACACGGACUGCAGAGGAACCGCUUCUGUGGCUUCUGUCCUGUGGCAGCCGACUUCACAAGAAAUAUUGUCCCUCCACACGUCUAAGAGGUCCAGUAGUUGUUUGUGCUGUGUUUGAAAUUAUAGUCAGGAUUCCAUGUGCAGAAGCAUUUCAAGGGUGUUUUCCGUUAAAUCACAGAGAGCUUCCAGCUCAGUGUGAGUUAUUGUGUCUGUUUUCUUUGAAUAUGAAGACUAUAAAUAAACAAAACCUCAUCAGUCUGUCAUUGGGCAGCUCAUACAGCAGCAAACACAUGAAAGAGAUUAUUUAAUGAAUCUUUUUAACGAUAUGUUCUACAUUUGUUCACUUGCGAGAUUGGAAGGUUAUAGUGCAUUAUUAUUGUUAAUAUCAUAAAAAGGAAAUGUGUAAUGAAACGUGAGAGCACCUGGAAUUAAUGUUCACCCUCAAACACCCACAUAACUCUUCAAAAAUGUUAGAAUGAAGUCAUAAAUAUUUUUUUAUUGUGAAUGUGAAACUUGGUUCAAAUAAUUUGCCAUGGUUACUAGAUGAUGUAUUGCUAUAUUUUAGAUGAGACUGUAUUUUGUACAUGUGUAUUGUUUAAAUUAUGAAAAGUUAGCCGUCUAUGAGUUAGAAUAAAAAGUAAUUUAAUCCAACGUGCUUGCUGAAAUAUUAUUGUUUCACACAGCGCGUGUUUUUCUUGGACACUCACCUGUGUAGUGUUUGAUUUGUGGGGUGAAAUUUUCUGUCAAAACAAACCUAAAAGGGCACCAAUGUUCCAACGUGCCUCCGUAGAAAAGCAAGAAGGUUCCACUCAAAAGCAGCUAACAUUUCCCUGAAGACCCUUUGACCUGUUGUUGCCCCAAAGAAAACGCUCAUGUGUUUACUGUCCAGCAAAUCAUGUGACGAAUGAGGCUGCUGUGGAUUAAUGGUGGAGGAAGGAAGCAGCCAGGCACUUAUUGGGACGUCAGCCACUGGAACUUCAAAACAGGGUGUACUUCCCUUUUAUCCUGGUCAUUACCCCCCUCCAGUCCCCCAAAUUUAAAAUCAGAACAUUUUCAAGUGCAUGUAUUUCCUCUCAGUGGCUUUCUCAACAGAUGUUCACUGGCAGAUGAUCUAAACCCCUCUUUGACCCCCCUACUUGUCAUCUUUAUUCACAGGAGAAAGAAGAUGACGCAUGCAGAGCCCGAACCUUGUUUCAAACAGACAAUGAAACAGCAGAGGAGCCCAUUUGAUUGUUAAUCCAUCCCUCUGUGGCUGUUGUGAUGUGAACCUCAGGAAGUUGGCACCGGGGUAUCACAUCUGUUUUCAGCUGCAGAAUUUCCUUGAUGUUUUCCACAAAUGGACAGUAACUUUGUCAGAGACACUUAAUUGAAAGAAAGGAACAAAAGAAUGGACCCUCACGCUGUUCGUUGCUGUUGGAAAUGAUGCUUUAGGGUAUUUGUGAAUUGUGCAUAGAGGUUAGUCAGUUAUUAUCUCUCAAAGUGAUAAUAGAUGCUCUGAGAUUAGUGUUCACUCCCUUUUUAAGCUUAUUUUGUAACUGUCGUACACAGCUUACAAAUCUAACGAGAUUCCUACGAUUGAUUUUGACACUGUUCAACAGAACAAUAUGCUGUGAUGUUAAAACAGAGAUCUACAAAUGUGACUCAGACUCACUUUGGUCCAAACUCCCCGACACUUUGCCGUAAGGGUCACACACAUUGUGUAUGCUGGUGAAGAUUCUCAGACAUCCUGGUCAUGAAAAUCCCCAAAAGAACCAAGUAGUAGGAAACUUUUCAGAUUAAAAGGGAAACACGUUCAAGAACUAAGGAAACAAGUCCAGUUGUCUUCUGUUGAAGCUUUUUAGGAAGACUCCUGUGUAGUUAGAACUAGUCAACACAAACAAAUACUACCUGCAAUUUUCCUCUGAGUUAGUUAUUCCAAUUCAAACUUUAUCAUGUACUAUUUAUUUAUAUUAGUCCUUCUGUGACUGAGUCACACUAAUUACUGUUUUCAUGAAUGGAUCCUGGUUGAAUCAUUCAUAACCAAUUAUUUGAUCAUUGGCGCUGUUUUUCUGAAUUUUAGUGAAACAAAAGGCAGUGUUGUAACAAAGUGAACCUCAGUACUUUAUAUUCGAUUUGUGAUUGCUUACCCUCUUUGUUCAAGUAAAGUUGUGCAUCAUCUUGAGUGAUAUGUUCAAUACCAGCGUUGAUUAGUUGCCUUUAUAAAAUCCUUAAUUAAUAUAGGAUUUCUUUGUCUUUUUCUUUCCUGGAAGUUGUUACUAUUCACCAUAAAGUCCUCCU